GGUCCGGAAGCAGUGGAGCACAGAGAGCUGACAGCAGCGUGCUCCCUCGUGCAAGUUCUCAGGGAACGUUUCUUCUUGGCACAGGCACAGCAAAGUCUGCACUUCUGGCACAGAUGUUCCUCCAGCAGCUCUGAAGUAAGGCUGCCUGCUGGAUACUAUGCCAUGCCCGGGGGUUAGUGGUCCUCCUCAGCCUCUCAAAUUGACUCACCUCUGAUGAAAUCCAGUACUUAAAGAAACAAGAGAUGUGGGGCUUUAGCUGAUAAUUCCAUCUCAGCUAGGGUGGCUGGUGAACUGCCACAGCCCAGCGCAACGUCGCUUGGCACCGCUGCAACUUUCUUCAAAGCAAACUAUUGGUAAAAUCCUCUUGUUUCCCUCUGAUCGCAAGCUGGUGUGACAACUGGAAUGAUUUGCCUGUUGGAAGAAUGUUGACUCUAGAGUGGGAGUCGGAGGGACUGCAAACAGUGGGUAUUGUUGUGAUUAUAUUUGCAUCUCUGAAGCUGCUUCAUUUGCUGGGACUGAUUGAUUUUUCUGAAGACACUGUAGAAGAUGAAAUGGAAAUGGCCACAGUACGGCAUAGACCUGAAGCUCUUGAGCUGCUGGAAGCACAGAGUAAAUUCACAAAGAAGGAACUUCAGAUCUUAUAUAGAGGUUUCAAGAAUGAAUGUCCCAGUGGUGUUGUCAAUGAAGAAACCUUCAAAGAGAUUUACUCUCAGUUCUUUCCACAGGGAGAUUCCACAACUUAUGCACAUUUUCUGUUUAAUGCAUUUGACACUGAUCACAAUGGAUCUGUAAGUUUUGAGGAUUUUGUUAUGGGUCUCUCAAUUUUACUCCGAGGGACAGUACAGGAGAAACUGAACUGGGCUUUUAAUUUGUAUGAUAUAAAUAAGGAUGGAUACAUAACUAAAGAGGAAAUGCUUGAUAUCAUGAAAGCAAUAUAUGAUAUGAUGGGGAAAUGCACUUAUCCUGUUCUCAAGGAGGACACACCUAGACAACAUGUGGAAACAUUUUUCCAGAAAAUGGAUAAAAACAAAGAUGGAGUAGUUACCAUAGAUGAAUUCAUUGAGAGCUGCCAGAAGGUGGCCAUUAAUUUCCUUCAACUGUUGAAAGCAGCUCCCUGCAUUUUGAGCCAGGAUUGAGAGUAAACAUACAGCAAGAACUACAGCCUGUUUUCACUCCUCUGCCCUUGGAAACUGACUUGCUUUCACACCAGAGACAAUGUGAGGAAGGAUGAAUUUUCAGAAUUUUAAGGAGAUACCAUUAAUGCAUAAGGUGAAGAAUGCAAGAAAAAGAAAAUACAAAAUAAUGGUACUGACUGUUGGUGCGAUAAGAGGUUAUGUUGUUACAUACUGCAAAAUGUUGCAUUACACCUCGUGGUAAGGUGGGCUUGAUUACAUUAUACAAAUUGAUAAGGCAAAACAAAACCUAUGCUAUUUGUUGCAGUGAAAAAUAUAAGGAAUUGUAGUUGUGUUUGGAUGCAAUGUUAGCCUUCCCAGGAUGGCUGAUUAGUGUGAAGCUGUCAAGAGAUCAAGAGUAUGGACUGUGUGCAUUGUAUUCUGACACCAAGAAGUGAACAGUAGAAUGAGGGACAGGAAAGAACAGCGCAGUUAGUGAUAAAUGUAUAGUGAUAUGGAAUAUGGAAAUCAGAACUGGAAAUAGCACAGACGUGCUAGAAUUUGUGUAUUGUUUUAUAUAUCCUUGGGAUUGCUCUUGUGAUUUAAAAGUAGCAAAAUACAGAGAGGUCGCAAC